GGGUGUGUUGUGCCGGCCUUGAUGAAUCAAUGUGUUUGAAAACACUUUAUUGAUUUACGUAUCUGAGGUUCUGACAGUAUGAAGUGAAGUAUGUGAAUCUACUACUUAAGUAUUUUCGUUUUUAACCGUACGAAAUUCAACCAUUAAAAACAACGAAAGUGUAUAGUAUGCGUAUAUACGCUUAAAAUUUCUCUAAGUUACAGAGAUUGUUCUUGAUAACAAUAAUGGUCGCCGAGAACGACGUGGCACAAAAAAUAAUACAGAGGAGUAUACAGGAUAAUAUAUAGAUCAAUAAAAAAUACUUAUUUUGUAAAUACAUCAUUUUUAUUCAAUCGCUGCAGUUUUUGUGCUUUGGUACUUAAGACAAACCCAGAAAAUAUGAAGGCUUCGCAUAGGGAUGCUCUGUUAAGGAAGCAUUUAAAAUAUUUACAAAAGAAGUAUGGAACAAAUUUACGUUUUAACUUUAAUAAUUUAAAAGAGAAUGACAGAUUGAUUUUGCUGCAACCAAUUAAAAAUCUAUGUAUACCUAUGAAAGAUCCGUUUAUAUUACAACAACACAGAAUAUUACAUCAUAAUAAUGAUUUGGAAAUUAGCUCUGAUUGUGAAAAUCAAUUUUUCUUCAUGAUAAAAACAUUGUAUUCAAUGUUCAAAGAAAGAAACUAUCAACUUUUAUCAUGUUCUAAUGCUAAUCAAGUCUUGCAGUAUUCAAGUUCCUCUGAAGAUAAAAAAUUAAGAUUAACUGUAGAUUCUAGGAAUAAGAGCCAUGAAAACGAUAUUUUAUCUAACUCUAAUGUAUUCAAUUUAUAUUUGUGCUACUUUCAUCUUCUCAAAAAUUAUGAUUUUUUGGAAAACAUUAAAGAGGAACUUCUAAAAAAACUUGAAGAAUCAGAACAAAUUCGUAGGGAAAGUAUUUAUUCCAAUGAAAUGAAGUUUUGUAAAAUAUGCUCAGUGCUGAAGGAUGAAUUGCAAACAUUAAAGGAAAAGUAUAAUAAUAUUUCAAAAAAUUAUACUAUUUCUCAGAUGGAGAAAGAGAGAUCAGUUAUGAAUUAUGCUACUGGAGAAAAACGUUUGCUUGAAGCUCAAAAAUCAAUAAAGUUAGUGGAGAAAAAGCACCAAGAAGCUUUGAAAGAAAAUGCAGGAUUACAAAAAAAAUUACAAAGAGCAGAGCACGAUAUUUCUAAACUGGCUACUGAAAUGAACAGUAAAUGUUCAGAAAUAAUGCAGCUACGUAACCAAAUUGAACGACACAGAGAUAGUGACAAUGCUAAAGAAAUGAAACUAAAGUGGGCACAAAAUAGAUUAAAAAUCAUCACUGAUGCUCAAGAAGAAUCUCAGGCUAAAUUAAAUGAAUGCCUGGCUAAAAAUACGGAGUUGAAAAAUCAAUGUGAAUUUCUCCAAUCACAAGUCAAUGAUAAAAUCAAAAUGGUAAAUAAAACUGAUGAGAAUAAAGUAACGAUUUUAGAUCAACAACUGAAGGAACAACAAGCUCGAUUAAUUAUGGAACGUCAUGUGAUCGAAGAUGCGGAAAACACGCGCAUAAAAUUACAAAAAGAAUACGACAUAUUGUUAGACAGGCAGCGUAUUGCAGAUAAAGAAAAUCACUUACUUAUUUCUCAAAUUCACAGUUUACAAAGGGAAUUCACCGAAUGCAAAACAGAGGUAAAUUUUUUAAGAGCAUCUCUUGAAAGGGAGAAAGAAAAGGUUCAAACUUUGGAAAGUCAAUUAUCUCAGAUGGAGACAUUAAAUAAACACCUAGAAACUAAGGAACAACGUCUCUGUGCUCUCGAAGUCGAGUUGAAGCGUCUGCAACUUGAAAAGGCGGAUUUCCAAGCAGAUAUCGAAGCUUUACGGCAGCGCGAAAUUCAAAUGCUUGAUUUUACACAAAAACUAACUGAUAAAAAUGUGCAAUUACAAUGUAACUUUACAAAUAUACAAUCAAAGUAUCACAUUCUCGAAAACAGUCAGCAUCCACUAGAGCAAAGGAUUAAAAAAUGUAUGGAGGAUAUUGCAAGUCUGGAACAAAAUUUAUCUCGUGAAAAAAUCAAAAGAAGUGAAGAGUGCAAUGUAUUAGCAAAGUAUAUAGCCGAACUAACGUUAUACAAUCAAACGCUCUUAUACCAGUUGGAAGACUUAGAAGGAGAAAAAUAUAUAUUACGCAAAAGAUAUGAAUUAGCGAUCAGAGAAAUGAAUCGAGAAGUGUACUUACGCCGUACGAAAACGGAAAAUAAUAAAUCUUUGCCUGAUGCUUCAUCUUCGGAAAAUUGUGCCAAUUGCGAGGAGUCUGCAUUAAAAGAAUCUCAUAGCCAGAAUUCAAGUUUGAACGAAAUUGGAAACGCCAAAAUGUAUGAUGUGUUGGAUAAAGAAAAUCUAUAUAAACAACUUAUCAAAUUACAAAAAAUCAAUGCCAAACGGGCCGAAAGAAUAGAUUUUUUGGAAGAACACUCUCAUGCUUUACUGAAAGAAUUGCAAAAGAAAACAAAAAUAAUUCAAAAUUAUGGAAUUCCAUGUGAUAUUAAUACAAAUCAUGGGAAAUUCUAAAUUCGCAUUAUUUUACUCUAGUCUUUUUAUACUUAAAAACACGACUUUUAAAGUAUUACAACUAUAAAACCAAAGACGUUAUCAAAGAUGUAAAUAUUUAUAAAAAUAAUAUUUUCCAUGAAAAGUUUUACAAGUAUUUAUUUUUUAUAAAUACUUGUAUUUUAUGUAAUGACACUGCAUGUAUAUUAUAUAUACCAAUGCUAAACGAAAAUGUAUAAUCUAUAAGAAUAAUAAAAUGUAUGUAUGUAUAAACAUUAAA